GGUACACUAUUGUUAUAUUCAAUAAUAUUCUUUCUCUCUCUCUCUCUCUAUAAAGAUCUACCUCUAUCUUUCUUCCAAUUUUGUUUUCCAGAAUGGAUGAACCAAAUCAAAAUGUAUCAAUACCUCCUCCUCCUUCUUCCAAUUUGUUGGAGACAUCGAGGAAUGGCGAAUUUUCAGGCGCAGCAGCGACAUCUAUAUCGACAUCGUCGUCCAAUUCACAGGUUCAAGAGGGAGAUGAGAAUCACGAGCGACCUCAACAGCCGUUAGAGCAACAGACUAGUGCGUCGUAUCACGUACGGAGCUUCCCAACAACCGGUGACGAGGCUUUUUCAUUCCUCAGAAACGAUACUUGGUCUUGUGUCAUCGUCGUCCUCACCUUUUGGUUCUUCGCAUCCAUGACUCUGAUUUUGGGAGUUUACGGAUCGGUAAGGGUAAGGUUGGUCCAAAUUCAUCGAUUCUGAUAAAACCUAGUCCAUUGUUCGUGGAGUAUUUGAAGGUGGAGGAACUAGAUGAUAAAUGGCCUGGGCUAAUGCUGUAUGGGUUUCAUAAUGAUCCACCGCUUGAUGUUGUAAAUACUUGGUCAGAAACACAUGCUACAUCUCUCCACGCCAGUUCUCAUCAGGAGUGGUUACAUUUCUUGAAUGAGGGAUCUCAGAUAAAUGUUUCGUACAGUGUGUCCCCGAGUUCCUCUUCUCUAGUCUUUGUAAUUGUCCAAGGGAAAGAUGGUCUUGCUGAAUGGCUUGAGGAGCCAUCGUAUCCUAAUUCCGCUUUAUUGUGGGAGAUCAUCCAUGGAAAUGGCAUGAUCCAGCUGGCUAUUUCAAAAUCUUCAAGUUACUACAUUGCAGUGGCUAACCUGUAUGCUGAAGAAGUGGAUGUGCAAUUGAACCUCACAAUAAAGGCGUUACUUUAUAAUACAACAGAGGCUUAUUACAUGUGUACUUUCGCUCAUGGUCAAUGUACUGUGGAACUGAUUUUCCCCACUGGAAACAUUGCUAUUUUAACCUCCCCUGGCCCUAGAAAUCGUUCAACUAAGGAUGAGUGGUAUGUUAAACUGUCCUAUGGGCCUCGAUGGAUAUCGUAUCUUGUAGGGAUAGGUGGACUGACUGUCGUCAUGUUACUGGCAUUCCACUUCUCUAACAAUUUCCAAUGUACAAGUGAUAAUAUGACUGGAACUCAAUAUGGAGAUAUGGGAUCUGAGAGAGCUCCUUUGCUUUCACGAAAAGAUGAUGAUAUCUCAAGCUGGGGUUCAUCUUAUGAUUCUGUUUCACAAGAUGAUGAGGACCCGGAAGAUGCAUUAGCUGUAACUUCACUUGAGGGGAAGCCAACAAAAGUUGGUGAAUACAAUAAUAAUACCAGACGCCUUUGUGCGAUUUGCUAUGAUGGUCCGAGGGAUUGUUUCUUCCUUCCAUGUGGGCACUGCGUGGCUUGUUUUGCAUGCGGAACAAGGAUCGCGGAAGCAGCUGGUACCUGCCCUAUCUGUCGUAGAGAAAUGAAGAAGGUGAGGAAGAUAUUUACAGUCUGAGACCUAUACAAAUUUUUCUGACAUGGAAACUGCUUGUUCUCUCCUGUUGGUGAAUGGCGUUAACUAAGAAAUGCACAGAUAAGGCGUUAGAAUAGUUUGGGAAGUAUAAUGGCUAAGCCUCUUCAACAAUGCCAUUCUGUCUUAUGGCAUGGAAAUGCUCAUAGACAUGUCAAGUUGUUUGCAACAUAUAGUCUCAUCAGCUAAUUAGAUCAUACUUCCAUGUAUCUCAUAAUCGACUGAUCAUCAUAAUUGCCUUUUCUUAUAAGUCAAUUGAUCGUGGUAUGCUUGGAUUUAAGUUAUUUUGC